GGCCAGGUGAGCGGCCCCGCCCCGCCCGCCCAGAAUCUGAAAGCAGUAAGUGUGUCCCAAAGAGAUACAGUCACCGGGGGUGAGUCUGGACCCACGAUGGAGAUUCCCCCGGCCGCCAAGCUGGGUGAGGCUUUUGUGUUUGAGGACGUGAUGGAAGUGCAGACACACCUCUUCCCGGAGGAGGACCUGGGGGACCCUUUUCUUCAGGAGAGGGGUUUAGAGCAGAUGGCCGUCAUCUACAAGGAGGUCCCGCUCGGGGAGCAGGGCCAGUAUGAGGGGGACUUCAGCCUGUGCUCGAGCCCCGUUCAGCAUCAGAGCCUCCCCCCGGGAGAUAGACCCCAGGACGAGGAGCUGCUGUUUGGCCCAGUUUUCCUCCAGAAGUCAGACCUGACUGUGUGCCAGGUAACCCGCAGCGGGGAAGCGUCCAGUGGGCCUGACGGGGGGACGGCGGGCGGGGGGGCCUCGGGACCUGAGAGGCCUCAGAGGACCGCACAGCCAGCCAAGCCCUAUGCCUGUCGGGAGUGCGGCAAGGCCUUCAGCCAGAGCUCGCACCUGCUCAGGCACCUGGUGAUCCACACCGGGGAGAAGCCCUACGAGUGCUGCGAGUGCGGCAAGGCCUUCAGCCAGAGCUCGCACCUGCUCCGGCACCAGGCCAUCCACACUGGGGAGAAGCCCUACGAGUGCCGGGAGUGCGGCAAGGCCUUCCGCCAGAGCUCGGCCCUGGUGCAGCACCAGAAGACCCACACCGGGAAGAGGCCGUACGCAUGCAGGGAGUGCGGGAAGGACUUCAGUCGGAGCUCGAGCCUCCGGAAGCACGAGCGCAUCCACACUGGGGAGAAGCCCUACCAGUGUAAGGAGUGCGGGAAGUCCUUUAACCAGAGCUCGGGCCUGAGCCAGCACCGGAAGAUCCACACGCUGAAGAAGCCGCACGUGUGCGAGCUCUGCGGGAAGGCCUUCUGCCACCGCUCCCACCUCAUCCGGCACCAGAGGAUCCACACGGGCAAGAAGCCAUACGCGUGCGAGGAGUGCGGCAAGGCCUUCAGCCAGAGCUCCAACCUCAUCGAGCACCGCAAGACGCACACGGGCGAGAAGCCCUACAAGUGCCACAAGUGUGGCAAGGCCUUCAGCCAGAGCUCCUCGCUCAUCGAGCACCAGCGCAUCCACACCGGGGAGAAGCCCUACGAGUGCAGCCAGUGCGGCAAGGCCUUCUGCCACAGCUCGGCCCUCAUCCAGCACCAGCGGAUCCACACGGGCCGGAAGCCCUACGUGUGCAACGAGUGCGGCAAGGCCUUCCGGCACCGCGCGGCGCUCAUCGAGCACUACAAGACGCACACGCGGGAGCGGCCCUACGAGUGCAGCCGCUGCGGCAAGGCCUUCCGGGGCAGCUCGCACCUCAUCCGCCACCAGAAGGUCCACGCUGGGCACAAGCUCUAGGCGAGGCGCCGCAGCCCGCGCCCCUGCCACGUGCAGCCCGACCCCCUCUCUCGUCUGUGGGGCCCACCCGCCUCCCGGGACCCGUGUGGCCUGGAAACGGGCGCCCGCCCCGGUGGCAGGGCCCGCGCAGUCCCGGCCCGGCAGGUGGACUGGGUGGUGGGUGGGGUAGGAAGGCCGCAGGCCGGGGCGCCGGGGCCCAGCCGGCUCUCGGCUGUCUCCUGCUCACCUGUGACCCGGCGGGGUUUAGCUCUGCCCUCUGUUUGCUUCUUCCAGAAUCUGGAAGAAUAAACGUCAGAGGCGGAAAGUGGGGUUAAACCCGUGAAAAUGUCAGAUGAGCUCUUUAACAGUCAGGCCCUUUUAGAGGAAGUAGCCGUGCUCGCGGUCCAGUCAGCUGAAGGAGAACAAGUCCAAACUAGAUGCGUCUGCGGCCCACCUCGGGCACUGCUGGGGAUGGCCAGCUCGGGCCAGACCAGAGGGAGGGUCUGGAGGACUCGUCCCGGGCGGGGCUGAGGGUGAGGCUGUCUCGGGCCUCGCCUUGGGGUAGCUGGGGCGGUUCUGGCGGGUGGUGUGGUCCAGGAGGCCAGAGAACAGUGCUGCCCGGCUCUGGCUCAGCCCAGGCCAAGGCUCACUGGGGGUCCCCCCCUCAGCCUGCCUGGGAUGCCAGCGGGGCCCGGCUCUGGUCUGGGGCUCGCAGCCUCCCUUCCACCCUCCACUGCCAGGGGAUGUAAGGCGAUUGGGUCAGAAGACCUGGGUUCAAGUUCCAGUUCUGGCCCCUCCCCCCUUGGUGACCCCCUCCGUGAGACGUGCACAUCGGACCAGCCACCUUCCCCUAAGGGCUGGUGCAAGGCUGCCGUUCCGAGUGUGACCACGCACGACGUGUUUUGUCAGCUGGCCAGUGAGGAUGGAGACCGACAGUGACCCCUGCCCCACUGCAGGGGAGCCCCAUUCCUCCCUGGUUCCCAGAAUGGCAGGGCCCCCUGAAGCCAGGCCUUCCCCUCCCUGCCUCCAGCGUGUGCCCGGGUGCGGUGCCCUGGGCUGCAGCGCCCCGCGCAGGACGCUUCCUGGACGCCGUCCCGCAGCGCCCGUGUGUCUGCAUCCUUUCUUUCUCUCUGUCCUCCCCACAGGGGCUUGUUUCACGAGUGCCGUUGUCUGUGUGCCACCCAGGCCCGUUCAGCGGGGCGCCCCAGCGAGGGGGUCCGACAGCGACGUGUGUUUGAAGCUCCCCAGGUGGUUAGCGGGUCCCCCGCAUAGCAGGCUGCGAGCCCGGGCUGGCUCCCAGGCCGCCCCAGCGUCUGCCACACGGUAUCGCCCUGGGCAGAGCGUGAAGGUGGCCAUCCUCUCUCAGUCCCCUGUCUCCCGCCCCAGGGCUGGGCUCAGGCAGUGCCUCGUCUGGCCGGCGGGUGAGCGUUUGUCCCAGGCUUUCGUGCGUGCUCGAGGGUCUUUAGUACGGGCCCCCCGGGCGCCUCAGCACUGGCGCGGGGAGGCCCAGCCCAAGCUGUUCUGAAGUUUUCCACGUUUCUGGCUGAAGUCCCAUGAGCCCGUCACGAGACGCUCCGCUGGGCAGCUGUGUGCGGUUUUGAUGAGUAAAGAUGGAAAAGCCAUGGCGAUUACUUGGUGAGUGGAGCCUGGGAGGCCAGAGAUGUUAAAACGACAGUUCUGUUGGGCUGGGGAGAUGAGCUCUGUCCAGCUCCUCUCUGCCGUGUGAGUCUGGGGGGCGUGGAACCGGCUCUCCAGCCCCCUCCCCCCCGCCCGCAGCCUCUGCGUGAGCGGGUGGACCAGCCUGAGUGCGCAGUGCCGGCCUUGUCUGCAGGCAGCCUGCACGGAGGGUCUUCCGUCGUUAGAGUGGAGGCAGGAUGCUGACACCCUGCUCGGUGCAGGUGGGACCGUGUCCCCCCAAGGUCUACCUCCUCGCCCCCCCACCCCCGUUCGGCCUUCGCCCUGGCCAGGCCUGUCCUCGCUGGGCAGGGCAGUCGUCCACGUCCUACCUUGGAUGUCUCUCCCCGCACACUGUGCCCCUAGCCCAGUAUUUUUUUUUUCAAGCAUCACUUUGCACAUGUCACCGCUCUCCUUAAAACCAACCCUCAGGGGUCUUCUGCAUGUAACCCCCAUUUCAGCCAACCUUGGUGUCCCCCCACCCCCAGCAAGCCUGGGGCGUCCCUGCCACGCCCGGGUGCCCCCGCUCAGCCCCAGCUUUUCUCAGCUCAUUUUGUGCUGUGCGCACAUCCUUGAAUAUGCACUUUCUCUCUCCUCCCCCCCAUCUCCUUUCUUCCUUUUGACAAUUUAUAUAACAUGGGGAUUAAAACGCCCUUUCUGAAGGGUUGACAGAUUCUCACAAGACGAUGGUCUCCCAAGACCAGGCAGGUACUUUCUUUUUAGGAGCAGAACCUAGUUCCUUCAGUUCAGAUUCUUUCCUUGCUUCCUUAUGUACUUAAAAUCUUUUCAUCUGUGUAGGUUCUCAGACAGUGUGUUGUUAUAAGAGAUCAUCCGGGUGAUAUUUUAAUCGUUCUUGAAUUUAGUUGUCUGUUUUUGUUUCAUUGUCUUACAUUUUUUCCUUCUUCGCAGGUGUUGUUGAGUGUUGCCAAGCUCCGGUUCUCGGUUCUGUCUACUAGUUAAGUUGUUUUGUCACAAUGCAUGUAUUUGGCUCUCUUCUUUCUUUUUGUUUUUUGACUUCAUACUUUACAUCUCUGAGGUUAAUUGUUUAGAUAUAGUUAAUGAUUUUCAGUGUUUCUGGUAAAUGGGGGUACUUUAGCCUACAAUUUUUUCUUAUAUUAGUGUGUUGUGAGCUCAAGGAUGUUGACGUGUGGUGUCUCUUGCUGUUAUCUUAGGACUGUCCCUUUGGCCCGGGUAUUGUUAUUACUGUUAUUAUUAUUAUUUCAGUAUUUCCCAGCAAUGACCACUGAGGUCAUGGCUGUCACUUCUUAUUGUAUGUGGUGGCGUCAAUGUUUCUAAGUGUCCGUAGACCUUCUCUGGGCCCAAAUGUAUUAUCAGUUUUUAUAAGGCAUUUGUGCACUCUGAAGACGUGUUUUUACUCCAGCAGUUCUAUUUGUUAAAUCAGUUUUUAUGUUAUUUUAUUCAAAUCCAUGCUCUCUGUAACUUUACUUCAGAUUUCUUAACCUGGGGUCCAAGGACUGUCUGGGAGCCCAUGAGCCUGCAGGGGUUUCAGAGGUCGUGGACCCUGGGGCUGAACAGAGCUGUGGGGAUGUGUGCAGCGUGAGUUAUUCUGGGAGAGGGCUGGUCUCUGUAGCACUUGCCACAUUUUGGAAGGGCUCUGUGACCCCAAACUAGUUAAGAACUCUCGUUUACCUGGUCAAAUCAUAGUCUGAUUUUGUGUUUUUUCCCUUUGUGUGUUUCUGUUUUGCUUUAAUUUCUGUUUCUCUUUUAUGCAUGUUGUUGCUUUGUUAGUCUUGAAGUUAUCUUAAGAAAUAGGCAGGGUAUAGAUGACCGCGUAAUUACCACAUGCGGGGCAUACGUGGUCAAUAGUGACACAUGGAAACACUGUGCCUUUUAGUGCCCUCUCCGCCUCUUUUCAUGCUUCUAGCUUCAACUUCUCUUUUCCAAAUAUCCUAAUAGAAGCCCCUUGCUUUUUUCGAAUUUGCAUUUGCAUGAGAGUUUAUUUAGCUCGGCAUUUUAUUUUUAAAGUUUGUGUAUAUAUUUUGCUAUAUAUCUGUAACUUAUAAACAGCAAAUUGUUGGAUUUUGUUUUCUGAUUCGUUCUAUAAUUAUUCUUACAUAAGACGUUCUCCUAUUAUUAGAGUGAGGCCUACUUUAUUUUCAUCUUAAUAUUUUAAUAUAUAUUAACUCAUUUGACCCAAGAAGGCCAUGCUUGCCACCCCCUGUCUCUGUGAGCUGCU